CAAGACACACACAUUAUAAGCAAUAAUAUUAGCAAUUUUACCAAUCCAUUUCCCUUAGAGAAGAAAACCAAAUUAAAUCAGUUUGCAAAAUUAACUAGCUAGAAACAAAAUGGCCGCCAAAAAUGUAGCACAGUCUUCCCUGGAAAGAAGCUGCAGCAGCUUGACUUCACUCGACCAAAGGCUUGCCUUAGCCAAACGUUGUUCUCACGAGGGAGUGGUUGCGGGAGCAAAAGCGGCUGUGGUUGCCUCCAUUGCCACUGCCAUCCCAACUAUGGCUAGCACAAGGAUGCUUCCAUGGGCAAGAGCAAAUCUGAACCCAACUGCUCAAGCUCUUAUUGUCUCCACUGUGGCUGGAAUGGCUUAUUUUAUUGUGGCUGACAAGACUGUGUUGGCAACUGCCCGGAAAAACUCCUUCAACCAUCAAUUACUAAGUUCUGAGGAUUAAUUACCCCAUUAUAUCAUCCUUUCAAACUUCAGAGCGCUUAUAAGUUUGGAUUGGAUCCCCUGAUGAUGACGAUAAACUAGAUAUUUAGGUAGCUGUUUUUUUUUUUUUUUUUGCUGAAUUAAUUCUUCCUAUUUAGGUACUGUGUACCAUAGAGAAUAUCUAUUCAAUCGAAGCAAUAACAGUACGCAUGUGUAUGUCUUCUUUCUGUUGAUAAAGAAUCCAUGCAUAUGUGUUCAUCUCCUUUUUUUUUUGUUGAUUUAAUAAGAAACAUGUUUGCUUCCAAAUUCAGAUUGUUUACUUACUUUUUUU